GUAUUUCAUAUUUAAAUACAUUUUCUUUCUUCCUUUUAAUUUCCAGUAUUUAAACGGCUUUGGUUCUGAAUUUUCAUCUGAAGAUCCAAGGUGUCCAAAUUCACUACCUGUGGGUCAAAAUAAUCCCCAGCAAUGUCCAUACGGCCUUUAUGCAGAGCAACUGUCUGGAAGUGCUUUCACAUCGCCAAGAUGUGAAAACCGGAGGACUUGGUUCUACAGAAUUAGACCCUCAGUGGGACAUAAACCGUUUAAGCUAUUCGAUAAGGGAAAUAUUACUCAUAACUGGAAUGCACUGAAUCCAGAUCCAAAUCAGAUGAGAUGGAAUCCAUUUGAUGUUCCCAAAUCUACAAUAUCAACUGAUUUCUUGGAGGGUAUAAAUACCAUUUGUGGAGCCGGAGAUCCAAAAAAUAAACAAGGUUUAGCAAUCCACAUAUAUAGUUGCAAUAGUUCUAUGCACAAUAGAGCGUUCUACAAUGCCGAUGGUGAUUUUUUAAUAGUCCCACAACUUGGGAAAUUACAAAUAAAAACCGAAUUUGGAAAAUUACAUUUAAAACCUAAUGAAAUUUGUGUUAUUCAACAAGGAAUGAGAUAUUCUGUCGACAUAAUUCAACCUUCACGUGGUUAUAUUUUGGAAGUGUUUGGGCAACAUUUUAACUUACCUGACCUAGGUCCAAUUGGAGCAAACGGUUUAGCUAAUCCCAGAGAUUUUUUAACCCCCACUGCUUGCUAUGAGGAUGUGGAUCUGGAACAUGAAAUAAUAGCAAAAUAUCAAGGCAAAUUAUUCACAUGUAUGCAGGACCAUAGUCCUUUUGACGUUGUUGCCUGGCAUGGUAAUUAUGUGCCAUAUAAGUAUAAUUUAAAUGACUUCAUGGUUAUCAACUCCGUCUCAUUUGAUCAUUGUGACCCCUCAAUUUUUACUGUCCUGACAUGUCAGUCUGAGAAAAGGGGCACAGCAAUAGCAGACUUUGUCAUAUUUCCACCUAGAUGGUCUGUUCAAGAACAUACCUUUAGACCUCCAUAUUAUCACAGAAAUUGUAUGUCCGAAUUCAUGGGGUUGAUUUAUGGAGAGUAUGAAGCAAAGAAAGGAGCUUUCUUACCAGGCGGUGCUACCCUACACAGUAUCAUGACUCCUCAUGGUCCCGACUUAAAUUGUUUUGAAGGUGCUAGUAAGGAGGAUUUAAAACCUUCUAGAGUUGCAGAUGGUACACAGGUAUUAAUCUAUUCAGUAAAUAACGAGUAA